AUGGACCAAUUAUUUAUCCACCUACCGGUACUCAAGACGCUGAUUCUGAGUGGUGGAGGUGGAUUCCACAUGGCUACUAAAAAUAUGGAAGCUGCGAUUCAUUCGUCACCGAUCGAAGUACUUGACUUUGAAAGCACUCUGCGCACCCUCAAGACGUGCUGCUGGCAUGCCCCCAAGAGCACUUCGACUGACGAUGGGAUCUUGACCAGCUUCAUUGCUCUGAUCGAGCUCGAAGUGCACUACUCUCAUGCCGCGGAUGACCUCCUGCCACCAAACCUCUGUCGGCUCGUCAUAUGCGCAACUACCCGCGACCGAGUAUGCAUCAUGGAAGACAUGGAAACACUAGCGCAAAAGCUCAGCAAGCGAUCAAACAUCGACGUAACACUGAAGUAUCGGCACUACAGGAAGCCAAACUACGAGCUUCCAAAACUAUGCGAACUGCCAUCCGUGUUCGCCAAGUCUAAUCUUAACCUGUCGCUUUACGUGUAUCCUGUUGUCGGCUCAUCAUGGUACUUGAUCGCCAAGUUCGACCACCGCGCUGCAUGGUCAUCGCAGAGACCUAGCGAAACAGGCGCAAAUGAUUUGAGAGCUUGGUCGUGGCGAUUAGAUUGGACGUACGAUUACCGGGGAAUUGUGCUCGCGGAGAUCAAAAAUAUGGUCGGAAAGCACGAGAACCUUUGGAAGAGCAAGGACUACGAUCUCGACUUCAUGCUACCGUAUCUGUUUAGAAAUCGGUACAAGGUCUGA